AUGCCAUUCUUCGGGAGUCGUCCCGAAACCAGCAUCACCGUCAAGGUGAACCAGAUCUGCCAGCCCCAUUUCAACGAUGAGCUUGAGGACGACUCCGUCGAGCUUCAAUUGGCGGACUUGCUCCCGUUGAUCAAGAUCCAGCCCACCACCGGCGCCACCGAGGUGGCGCGGGCAAUACGCAAAAAUAUCAAGUAUGGCGACCAAGUGCCCGUCCAGGUGAGGGCUAUCCGCCUUCUUGAGGUGUUGGUGCUCAACGGGGGGCUGUCAAUUGGCUCCACCGUCGUCCAUGACGAUAAGUUGAAUGAGGUGCUUAAAGGGGUGAUCACGGGUCGGGGCACCGCUGGUGAUGGCGGUACCUACAGUUCUCGUGUCCAGCGGGCGGCGAGAGAGCUUGCUCUUGGCUGGCAGCACGAAUUGCUGGGUAUUCCCGAGUUCCGGCUGAUGCCCAAAUUGUGGAACUACGUCCCUGGAAAUAAGCCAUCGCUGAGUCGGUCGCGGGGCCACAACGACGGAUUCGAGUCUCAGGAGAACGUAUUUGACAGUGGCGACGACGACUUGGAGCCGGCACUGAUGCUGCCGCUGCCGCUGCCGCCACCUGCUGCUCCGCCGCUGCGUCCCCGGCUGAAGAAGCCUAGCGUCGACCCGCCCAAGCCGAAGAAGAAGAAGCGGAAGAGAGGGUUGUUCCGCUCUUCUCGCUACGCUGACGACGAGUACAAGAUCCCCCAGAUCAACUACAAGGUGGAGGCGCCCAAGAUCCGCAACACGCUUCUGGACUGCCACACCGCCGUCACCAACCUCACCAAUACCCUCAAAGCAUUACCUCCCGGCGAGCUCCCGACGGAAAACGCCCAGGCGACGGCGGAGUUCAACAAGUGCAAGCGGAUCCGCCGAAAGGUGUUGCGCUACAUCCAGUUUGUGGGCGCUGGCGACCCCGAGACGAAGCUGAGAGAGAACCAGCGCAUGGACGACGAGUUCCUAGGGGCGUUGAUCUCGGCCAACGAGCUGUUGGUCGACGCGUUCAAGCGCUACGACCGCAUGAGCGGCAUCGUCGACACUCAUCAAUACGACAACAUGGACGCCUCCAGCAGCGACGAAAGCUACUACACUGAAAGCGACAGCGACGACGACGCCGACGAGGCGGCCGAGCUGACGCUGAAGGCGAUGGAAUCGAUGACGUUGCGGGCGCCGCCGCCCCGGCCGCCAAAACCAGUGGCCCGCCAGCUCACCAGCGAUACCGUCAGCAGCGACCCCUUUGGCGACACCCACGUUGUCAACGACCGCUAUUAG